ACACACAGUCGUAUUCCAACGUGUCAGGACCAAGAAAGGGCAGUGGAGAAUUAGAAUUUUAUUCCCCAGCCGAGAGCGAGUUCGAAGACGAUACCGACAGCAACAGCAGUAGCAACAAUGGAAGAAUGGUGGUGGGAGUAGCGCCCCCUCUCGAUCAACAGGAGAAGUACCAUGUUUUCUUCUGCUACAGCAGCGCCGAUGCACCAUGGAUAAAAGUCAUGAUCAACAAGCUCGAAUCAGAUGAACUCGGGUUCAAGUGCUGUUUCCACGAACGCGAUUUUAUUCCCGGUAUGUCAAUCAUCGAAAACAUUGUCCGCUCCAUCCAAAAGAGCCAAAAGACCGUUUUCGUACUCUCGCGAGACUUCGUGGCCAGCAGGUGGUGCAAUUUCGAACGGCAGAUGGUGAUGGGCGCCAACCUCAGAGAAGAAAACAAAAAGGUCAUUCCCGUCAUGCUCCGCGAGUGUGACCUGCCUGACUUCCUCCAACACAUGACGUACCUGGAAGAGUGGACGCCAUAUUUUUUCGACAGAUUCAUCGGUGCAUUGAAAGAACCCACCUCAGACAAUCCAAAUAGCCAUUCGGAUUCCUUCUCAGCAUUCACCUACAACCCCAACUACAACAAUGGCCAACAAUUGCUGCGGAUAGAAGCGACGACUGCAUGCUGUCCACCAUGCGCUAGGUUUGACGAUCAGAUUGUCCCUUCUGAGCUGACGUCCAAGGGCAUUCGGAUACCGAGAGAAGAUUACCAGGAAGCCGUCUGUAAACUGAUGGAGACUGGCAAAAUGAAGGGGUUCAGCUGCUGCUCCAGUGAAGCCUGCUUCUGGAUACCGACUUGUUUAAUCCUAUCUCCAAUAUUAGUUUUCAUUAUGGCAAUGAUAUGUCCCGGAAAAGGCGACUCAUUGGAAAGUAACGAUUGCUUCAAAACCAUUGUUAAAAUAGGAGCAUUCCUACUCGCUGUUCUGCUGUUACGCUGCAUAUCACGUCUUUGGACGAAGAGAAGCCUGAAGAAGACUUUGUUGGAAGUGAACUCCAUCCUGGCCAGGUCCCACAUCCUUGCGACUGUGACAGACCGGUGCACGUGUUAUCCUGUGGCUAUUCUUCAUUUUGUGUACUAUGAGCGAGGAUCUUGCCUGAUGAGAAUUCUAGAUGAUUUGAUGGCAAGGAGCACAUCGGAUUCUCCCGCAGUGGAAGAGAAUAUUCAAGCAGACUUUUCCGAUCCGCCAUCAACAUCAAACAUGCAUGAUCAUACGGUGUCCGAAAGUGCCUCGUCUUGUGUCGCAGCCAUACAAGUGGAUGAUGCAGCUCUUCUUCUGUCAGAAGGGAGUGGAGACGAACUAAACACAGAUGGGGACAACUCAUCACGAACAUCCCGUAUGUCAGAACUCAAGACCGAAGCCGACGCCCUCCUGCUGAAGUACAGUGACCAGUACGUCCGGCUCCUGGUCACCAAGAAGCUGCCGCAGCCCGGCCAGUCCCGUGGUCACACCCAGCAGGGCGCCUGUCUGUGUCAGCUGGUGGAGAUGAGAGAGUUCGGCUGGAAACUCGACCGGGCAGGAACAUCAGUCGUCUGAUUAGACACUGGAUAGAAUAACCAUCGACUGUGUGAAGGGAACUGGACAUGAAAGUACCCUUGGCAGUUUGAUGGAACUGGAACGAGGCCGGUUUGUAGGCUUGUUGGUCCGUUAACUGAUUGGAUUGUUGGUUUGUAAAUCAGCUCCUUACUUGCUUGGUUAGCUGGUCAGUUAGUCUGCUGCAUAGCUUAUCAAUUACUUUUGUCUUUUUUAUCAAUGCGAACUUAUAAAUCUAUGAGCAUCCUACCCAAUAUUUGCAGAUUACAAUAUUUUCCGACAAUUGUUGAGGAUUGAGGCGACAGCUGCAUGCAUUCUAUUUGUUAAAAUAGAUUUUGAUAAUAAAUAGUAGACUGCUGUAAGUGGCAAUUAUGAGUAGUUGAAAGAGUUAUCGAGUUAUGAUUCCAACCAGUGCGAGAUAUAGUUUUAUCUAACUUAACUUUGCUGUGUCAUUACUUCAUUUAAUGAUGGUUUAUCAAAUAUUCACAUCUAUUGCAAAUGUGGUGAUUUGGAAGAUAAAGAUGAUUGUAGUUUCAUAUCAUGCUUUGAAUGAUGAUAAAGUUAGCAAUGGAUAAUGGAAGCUAACAUAAUUAUCAAGAUAGAGGUCUGGACCACUAGAAAAUGCGCUUAAUUCCAUUUCAAGUUUGCAUAACAUUUUAUAGUCUGUCUCUUCUGGAUACGUCUGUAUGUUGACAUGGAUUUGUCCCAAUAUUUCUUGUUUACAUAAGUACUACUUUAAAUUCUGCACAGGUUAGCUAUAUUUUCUACAGCAUUAGACGUCGUAAAAUGAAAAGCUGGUAACACUUCAGGUGUUUUGGUACACUGAAGUGACCCUUUGCGUACGCUGGAAACCAACUUAAUAAUGUAAUUAC